GUGCAGAUACAGAAUAGCUCUGGUAUGAUAUAUUCCGAGGAUCAGCCGUUCUCAUUGUACCACACACACACACACACACACACACACACACACACACACACACACACAAUAAACUGCGAGUAUUGCAUCUUGAAUGUUCCAGCACGAGAGGUUACUGGAGUUGGCGUCGCUUCGACCGUCCAUGUGGCUGCUGUCUGUUCUGUCCUGAUCGUCGUCACCGCUGUGGUCGUCAUAUUUCUUGCUCGUAGAAAACAGACACGUGAAGAGAGUGGAUACAUUCAUAACCGUGUGGUCACAUAUACCCGGGACGAGGAAACAGACGGAAGCUACCAGGAAAUAGAAGAGGGAGGAUCCAUUCAAAAUCGCGUGGUCUCAUUUGCCCGGGAUGAGGACAAAGAUGGGAGCUACCAGGAGAUAGAAGAAGAGGUGAACGUAGACGACAUCGCCCCUCUUGUAGCUGUCUACUCUGUUAUGCUCACGGCUGUGGCGGUUGUGGUGGCAUCAGUUGCUAUUCUUGUCUGCAAGGACGUAAAAGAUGGUCACAGCAGAAGAUUUGGUGAAUAUCUCACUGUGGUGGGGGAGAGACUAUCCUGUGGCAUCAGUGAUGCACCUCGUGCUGCCAUCAACGACGAGGAUGCCUUAUGCUUGCAUGAUUAUGAGCGACUACUGAGGGAACAAUUCCACAUCUACACGUGUCUCAACCCUUCAGCUUCCUCUCCAGAGGACCACAGUACCAGGUAAAAAGUAGCCUGAGGUAACGUCUCUGUACCCUUCAGCUGCCUUUUCAGGGGACCAAAGUUCCAGGUGAAGCCUCAUGUAAGGGAGCAGUUCCACAUCCGGACGUACCUCCACCCUUCAACUGCCUCUGCUGACGACCACAGUACCAGGUGCAGCCUCAAGAAAGGGAGCAGUUCCACAUCUACACGUCUCUCCACCCUCCACUUGCCUCUUCAGAGGACCACAGUACCAGGUGCAGCCUCAUGUGACGGAGCAGUUCCACAUCGUCACGUCUCUACCCCGUUCACCCCUUGGUGCAAUGCAAGGAACCUUACGAGACCCUGACGUUUGAUGGUUUCCGAAUCUCGAACUGAGGACGAUGUUCCAUUUAUGAGCUAUGGUCCAUUUGCUCGUAUUAUGGAACACGUCAGCACAUUUGGUUGCCCAUUGCGGAGCUUGUGAACAAUCGCGUUAGCUCAAUGCAAUAGUGAAGGCAUGAAAAAGA